CUGAUGUAUUUCAGAAGCAGCAAGCUAAUCAUCUUUGAAUAGUGAUAGAUAUUUUUUCAGGUAGAAAAAUUGUAUAGGUAAUGUCAAUAGGUACAAAUAUAGGCUCUAGUGGUUUCUUUUAAUAUUUCUGGAAAGGAAUUAGAUUAUAUAUCUGUGAUAGAAUAUAAUAUAAAGUAUUCGAUUGUAGAAGGCUUUGUUUCAAGGUGGUUAUUCAUUCAUGUUACUACCUUCUUCAACCAUAACAUCAGUAAGACCUCAAUGAUCUAAACCUUUGGGCUUUGUAAAUCCUGAAUUAUUUAGGUCUCUGCCACUGGAAAGUGAAUAUCAAAAAUUGCCUAUUUAAGAAAAAAAAAGUAGUUUUUAAAAUCUGAGCUGUGUACUGGGUCCAUAGAGAUCAUUUUAAAUGUAGCAAUGAAUAGAGAUUGGAUAAAAACAAUGUUAAAAAUGCUUUUCUAAUUCAAGUUCAAAUUUUUAAAAGUCGAAAGGCAUGUUUUAGUGUAUAAAUAAUUGAAAAGUUGUUGACAGUUGUUUGUUUUGCAGUCAGCAAGUGGUAAGAAUCUUUGGAGGGACAACAGGAGAAUAAGGGCCGUAACAUGCGUGUAUAUACAAUGAAAUACGGAUGUGAGCUUAGAGGCCGCACACGGGCUCUGGGAUACUAGAACUACCUUUCUUGCCAUGGACCAGCUAAUGUGCCUUGGUUGCACUAGUGUACUGAGCCCUGUGGACAUUACCUCAUUAAAUAUUCAAUAAAUGUUAUUUUUUUCCUAUGGCCUUUCUCUCUUCUAUAUGAGAAUAUGUAAGUAUUCGCUGAAGACUUUCAUUUUUGUGAAUACCUUCACACCAUGUUGUAUUCUGUCUUGGUUAGUUAAAAAAAAAAAAAAAAAGGGUGGCCGGGCGCAGUGGCUCAAGCCUGUAAUCCCAGCACUUUGGGAGGCCGAGGCAGGUGGAUCUCCUGAUGUCAAGAGUUCAAGACCAACCUAACCAACAUGGAGAAACCCGUCUCCAUGAAAAAUACAAAAUUAGCAAGGCACAGUGGCACACGCCUAUGAUCCCACCUACUCAGGAGGCUGAGGCAAGAGAAUUGCUUGAACCCGGGAGGCAAAGUUUGCAGUGAGCCAAGAUCGCGCCACUGUACUCCAACCUGGGUGACUGAGCGAGACUUUGUCUCAAAAAAUUAAAAAAAAAAAGUUAAUUAUAUUUCUUGUUAUGAGACAAAUGAACUAUUUCACACUUUCCAUUGAGGACAGCAUGUAAUGCAGGUUUUUCUCUUAUAGGUUGUGGGACUGGAAAGUAUCUUAAAGUGAACAGCCAGGUACAUACCGUGGGCUGUGACUACUGUGGGCCACUGGUAGAGAUUGCCCGGGAUAGAGGAUGUGAAGCCAUGUCAUACAUCAUUUUUCUACGAAACAAAGAAGAAUCAGAGCAAUAAAAGAAAUGGCCAGGGUCUUGGUUCCUGGAGGCCAGCUGAUGAUUUACGUUUGGGCAAUGGAGCAAAAGAACCGUCGCUUUGAGAAGCAAGACGUGCUCGUUCCAUGGAACAGGGCCCUGUGUUCCCAGCUCUUCUCAGAGUCCAGCCAGUCUGGGAGGAAGAGGCAGUGUGGACACUCAGAAAGAAGCCAUCCCUACCAUCCUCCUUGCUCUGAGUGUAGCUGUUCUGUUUGUUUUAAAGAGCAGUGUGGCUCAAAACGGUCCCACAGCGUGGACUAUGAACCUGCUAUGGCAAGAACUUGUUUUGCAAAUAUUUCUAAGGAAGGAGAGGAAGAAUAUGGAUUCUACAACACAUUAGGAAAAUCAUUUCGUUCCUGGUUUUUCUCCAGGUCUUUGGAUGAGUCGACUCUGAGGAAGCAAAUUGAAAGAGUAAGACCCUUGAAAAACACAGAAGUUUGGGCCAAUAGCACUGUAACAGUCCAGCCUUCCAGACACUCUAGUUUAGACUUUGAUCACCAAGAGCCAUUUUCAACAAAAGAGCAAAACUUAGAUGAGGAAGUGUUUGUGGAAUCUUCUUCUCGAAAACAGUUAGAGUGGCUGAGAGCACCAGGCACUCUGAAGCAUUUAAAUGGAGACCAUCAAGGAGAAAUGAGGAGAAAUGGAGGGGGGAGUUUUCUGGAUAGCACUAAUACCAGUGCGAAUUGUGUGGAUGCAGGUAACUUAGAAGAUGAUAAUCCUUCUGCUAGUAAAAUAUUGAGAAGGAUUUCUGCAGUCGGUUCCACAGAUUCCAACGCAGAUGAUACAAUGUCUGUCGAAGAUCCACAGCCUGAUCUUUUGGACUCCAGAGCCUUUAUGCGCUACUACCACGUGUUUCGAGAAGGGGAGCUCUGCAGUCUGCUCAAGGAGAAUGUAUCAGAGCUCCGUAUCCUGAGUUCUGGAAAUGAUCAUGGUAACUGGUGUAUCAUUGCAGAGAAAAAGGGAAGUUGUGAUUGAUUGGAUCCUUUUAGACAACUCCUCUAAAAGACGAACCACAUUUUUUUUCACUAGGUUUGAUAUGGUUACCUGAAUUUGCAUUCAGUGUUAUUGGUUAAUACAUUUAUGAUUUGGUCUGCAGAGACUGUGAAUUAUAUGGUUGUUUUUGUUUUUAUCUUUGAAUAAGCACAGAUCCUGGCACUGAAAGCAGUUGACAAAGGGUAUUUGUGCUUAAAUGUUAAUAUAAAAGAUCUGAAGAAGCAACAGAAAAUGCCCUUCAGUACAGCUCAGAUUUUUUUUUAACCCCUGAGAGAUAAAAUACAUUUAUAGUGUUUUUCAGUGUUACACAUGGAUUUAAAAAGAUGAUGCUGUUAAAUAAUCUUUUAAAACAGUAUUUUUAUAAAGUGAGGGGAUAAUUUCUGGUUCUCAGGUUAUAAUUGAGAGCAGUGUGCAAGAUAAUAGGUAAACUUGAUCCAUUGCACAAAUAUACGUUGAACCAUGUGAUGACUUAUCUUGCUGCCAAGGUCUUGCUUCUACUUAAAGUUUUCAGAAAACUGAGUAACAGUAGAGAGAACGAAGAAGUGUUACAAGGACUUUUCUAAAUUGUAAGCUAACUUGCUUCAAAAUAAGUUGACAUGUGAUAGUAAGGUUUUCAAUGUAACCCAGGAGGUUUUUAAAGGCACUGUUAGGCUGAGCAUGGUGGCUCAUGCCUGUAAUCCCAGCACUUUGGGAGGCCAAGGCAGAAGGAUCACUUGAACCCAGGAGUUCAAGAGUAGCCUGGGCAACAUAGCAAGACCCCAUCUCUAUAAAAAAAUUAGCCAGGUGUGGUGGUGCAAGCCUGUCAUCCACGCUACUCAAGAAACUGAGGCAGGAGGAUCACGUGAGUCCAAGAGUUCAAGGCUGCAGUGAGCUAUGAUUGCACCACUGCACUGCAGCCUGGGCAGUAUAACAAGACUCUGCCUCAAAAUAAUAAUAAUAAUAAUAUUGAUAAACGCAAAUGUUAGCUUGUAAGUAGUGGAGGAUGUAGGUACUAGUAGCUAUAUGCAAGUACCCAAGUGGUAUUCUUCCAAUCUUAUUAGAAGCAUGAAUAUUCAAGAUUGAUAUUACUAUUGCUUAUUAGCAAGACUGUUAUCAAUCAUGCUUAUUAGAAGCAUGAAUAUCCAAGACCAGGAUUGACUAAUGAUGAGUCUGCAUCAAGAACUAGGCAUUUCUUUUGAGUUGACAGACUCUUUAGGAAAGGAGAAUCUAGGUGAAGCACUGAUUUUGGCUCUGAGAACAAACAGAUUAAGGUACAGCAUAGUUAGCCUUGGUAGAGGUAUGACUGGGAUUUGCUGUAUCCUUUAAAAUAAUGUCUGGGCAUUUAUUUUAUUGAAGGCAACUAUAUUUUAUUAGUUAUGUUAGGAAUUUAGGUAGAAUCAACUUCUACUUAUUAAAGGUUGAAUUUCUGUCGCUUUGUAGAGAAAUGAAUAGACUGGACACUGUGUGGUCAGUGUUUAGAUUUGCCCACGGGUCUGUUUAAAUCUAUAUCAUGGAUCCUGAGACAUAUAUAAUUAAGACAGGUCUAGAGACAGGAGAAGCAGAAAUAAGCUGACCCAGGAGUACAGUCUCAAGUAGUUCAUGAAAGAGAAAGUGGACAUCUGACAACAGUCUUUUACUUUGUCCUGGCUGAAAAUCCUAAUCUUGUUUUAUUUUUUUCCACUAAAAGUAACUAAAAUAAUAACGAAUUUCAUUUGUUCUUGGGUUCUUUUUUCCUUUAAUGAUUGUGCUGUAACUUAAAAUAAUGAUGUUACUUUUGAACAUUUUUAAAGCAUAUCUGAAAACGAUUGAUGUUUAUAACUCUCUUUUGGCUUCAAAAUAAGAUUGUGUUAUCACCAUUUUGGUAGAUGAGGUUGUCUGAUGAAAAUGAUGUAUAUGACUUCUACCGUUCAGUGUACAUCCUGCAGUAGUGGACGAUUGAAAACAUAUAUAAGCGGAGUAUAAAUUAAAGAUUAAUUUGGUUUCUUCUA